UGCAGGCCAUAGACUGCUACAAGUGCACAUCCAUCAAUGGGACGAGUGAGGAGUGUGAGGACACCUUUGAUCGAGGCAGUAAAACUGUACAUCUGAUAGAGAGGGGCUGCUUCUAUGGCUUGUUUCGAGGCACCCACUGCAUCAAGUUCAAGGGUGAAAGAG